UAAUAAACACUAGUUCACAACGUGCGUUCGUUCUGGCUGUUUCACCCUCCGUCGUCCCGGUGCAGUUUUUAUCCCUGUGUUAAAUCUGUUCCUUGAAACGUGAUUGAGAUUUUAACGGUUUUUCGUAUUCGUUUUUUUAUUACCAUCGCGUUAUCAAUUACAUACCAUUUUUUAAGUAGAUUUUAAUUGUACACGAUACGAAACAUCCAUAAUUUUGAGUUUUUAAGACCAUCUUAACUAUGUCAAUAAUGAUGAGGUUUAUUUUUAAAUGUCGAUCAUGUCUGGAAUAAUUUUUGGAGAAUACUUAGCAUAAAAAUGAUGAAAGAUAAUAUGGUGACAAUCCCACUCUUGUCCGUUAUUGUUGUUGGCACGUUUUUUUCCUGUACGGUCCAAGGCUCUACAAUCAAAGCAAAAGCACAAUGUAUCAACUCCAAAGACUCUCGGGGUCUUUUGACAGCCGAUUGUUCCUCCAAUCUUCUAAAAGCGGUACCAGAAAAUGUAAUGAACGACGUAGAGUCGUUAAACCUGCGUCGUAAUUACAUUCAUAAGCUGACAAAAGACAGUUUCACCAUUUACCCGAAUAUUAAAAGAUUGUACUUGUCAUUAAAUGCAAUAUUCAAAGUAGAACCUGGUGCUUUGGAACCGUUAGAUGAUUUGGAAGUACUCGACCUGGAACAGAACGCUCUGCCUGAAGUUCCGCCGGGAUUGCCCAAGUCAUUGAAAAAACUAUACUUGAGUGAAAACCCUGUAGUUAAUAUGUCCUAUUUAACCGAAGCUACUGGUCUACAAGUAUUACACUUGCGAAACUGCGAUAUGUCUCGUUUCCCACAGCUAGGAGUUCUCCCAAAUCUUGUCGAACUUGACAUGUCGGAUAAUAAAAUUCAGGACUUGGUUCCUUCCGAGUUAGCUUCACUUUGUCGCCUAGCCAGACUUAACAUUACCGAUAAUUUUCUAUACGAAUGGUCCUCAGAAAGCAGCUAUUGCCAUUGUAAACAGGUGGAAGCAUGGGCUAUUGAAUACAAGUUGCAAAUAAUCGGUAUGCAUUGUCCGAAUCCUCCGCCUGAUGAGUUCAACGAGACAUGCACAAUGAUACCCGAAGAAGCGCGGGCAAUUUACAAGGACUGCAUGUCCGAAUGGGAACAUAGAAACAUGCCGUUUUGGGCCAUCGGUUCCGGUGCGCUUGUCGUCUUAGCCAUCUUAUUUACUUUAUGCUUUUGUUGGCGUCGAAGGAGACGAUCGAAUAAGGCUCAAAGCGUUCCAACCGAAAAUAAAGAUGAAACUGGUAACAUGAAACCUGAACCUACCUUGGUGUAAUCGUAAAAAUAUAUAUAUUUUUUCGAAACCAUCAUUGAAAUAAAGAGAUUUUUACACCUUAUACUUAAAUAUAUUAUUGUUUUAUCGCUUUGUGCGAGUACUAUCGCAAAAUUAGUAGCGUGUGUACUUCGUUAUUAUAUCUUCUUGAACAAUUUUUUUAAUGAUCUCUGAAACGAUGGGACACAAUCCCUUCACUAAAAAUUUCAACAAUUGUUAUUAAUGAUUAUUAUUGAUAUUAAAUUCAUGUAAUCACACUCGUCCGAUCAAAGUGUUGGACAAAUUUUACAUUGCUUGGUUGUAAUUUAAGCGCGCAAACAAAUAUUUAUUGUUGUCUUGUAUAAAUUAUGUGCAAUUUACUUAAUGUUAUUGUUAAGCACACUCUUCCUAUGUUUAUAACAAAGCCAAUGAUUCCUAGCACUUAAGAACGACUUUUAAUAAAAAUAUUGUGUAUUAUAUUUGAUCCAAAAUGGUUUGUAAGAUAAUAUCAUAAGUGUAUAAUAUGAUAAAAUAUUGUAAUUCCAAAUCGCAAACUGCCUUAAUAUUUAAACGCAUAUUAUUAUGUGUUGUAAACUCUUUAACUGUAAAUGUUUUUUAAUGACAUUUACUUAAUGUGUUAGACAAUAAGUAGUCAUUAUAGACUUAUACAAUAAUUUUAAGAAUAAACUAUAUAAUGCUGUUGCUUUUUAAAAUGUAUAAUAAUUGGUCACACAAUUGAAUAUUCUAUAUAAAAUGUUAAGGAAAAACAUGAUAUUUUAUAUUUUAAUAUAGCAGUAUUUUUGUUAGAUCAAGUUAAGUUCACAUGUUUUUUAUUUGUAUAUUCUAUUUGUUUUGCUUUUAUUCCACGAACAAAAUAUAUAAGGUACUUUUUGUUAUGAA